GCGCAAGAUAGGAGCAAUAUCGGCUCUUUUGCUAUGAUACCGACGCCGGAUCUCUCCCAUCUGACGUCGAAGGACUUCGACGAGGUGUAUGAGCCUGCUGAAGAUACUUUUCUCCUACUCGACGCACUAGAGGAAGAUGUCUCCAAUCUAAAGCAGCUGAACCCGCGUAUCUGUCUUGAAAUAGGAUCAGGUUCAGGAUGCGUUUCCAGUUUCCUGAGCACAUUGCUUGGGCCCUCAUCAGCUGUUUUCCUUUGCACGGACAUCAAUCCGCACGCAGCGCGAUGCACCGUCGCGACCGGGAGACAAAACAAGACCCCGCUCGAUUCGGUCAACACAUGGUUGCAUUUACCUCUAUGCAAACGUCUAGCAGGUGCCGUCGAUGUGCUCCUGUUUAACCCACCAUAUGUCCCGACUGCGGAGCACGAAGCCUCGGAUGCCCAGCGUGCACGAGACAUCAGCGGCGCAUGGGCGGGCGGCACCGACGGCAUGCAGGUUACAGACCUACUAUUGCCGCUCGUCAAAGGCUUGCUGUCGAGAAACGGAAUAUUUUAUCUCGUGGCUCUGAAACAAAACAACAUCCCUCGCAUCCAAACUCAAAUCUCCGGCAUGUAUGGUUUGCAAAGCGAGAUCGUCAUUCAACGACGUGCAGGUCGGGAACAUCUACAUAUCCUCAAAAUCCAUCACAAAGAUGGGAUAGAUACCUCAUAG